GGAUGCGGCGGGGGAGGACGCGGACGAGCGGGUGCUGCGGGUCGCCACCGCCACCGCCGCGGCGGGCUUCCCGGGGGUGCCCGCACAGCCCCCGGCAGCUGCAGGGGGGGCAGCAGGGGGGCCCUCCCCCUCCGCCUGCCCCCCGGGUGACGUGGUGAGCAUGCUGACGGGUGUGUUCGGCUCCCCCGAGCUCUUCCUGGCGGAGUACCGGCGGCUGCUGGCGGGGCAGCUGCUGUACCGCUGCGAUUACGACACGGCCCGGGAGGUUCGCACGCUGGAGCUGCUCAAGAUGCGGUUCGGGGAGGGGGCCAUGCAUGCGUGCGAGGUGAUGCUGAAGGACGUGGCAGACAGCAAGCGCAUCAACCACCGGGUGCACUCCAUGUCCGCAGCGGGGGCGGCGGGGGCGGACAAACCCAUGUCACCCACAAGUGCUGCUGCUGCCGCCGCUGCCGCCGCUGCUGCCACUGCUGCCGCUGCCGCCCAGCUGCCUCCUCGCUCAACUCCCAUUGGCGCCCGGACGGCAGCUCGGGGGCAGUCGCAGCAGCAGCAGCAGCAGCGCCCGGCGGGAGGGGCAGGGGGUGGUGGGGGAGGGAGCGGAGGGGUCAACACGCCGCAGGUUCAGACGCGGUCUGCAGCGGCGGCAGCAGCCCAGCAGCAGCAGGCGGCGGUGACACCUGCGGCAGCCGCCCCCGCAGCAACCGCCUCCGCCGCCUCCUCGGCCGCGGCUGCCUCCUCCGCUCCCCCUCCCCCUCCUCCCCCCGCUGCUGCCGCCCCCGAGCUGGCCCCCGGUCCGGAGUUCGAGCUGCUCUCCGCCACCAUUCUGUCGUACCUCUUCUGGCCGGGGCAGGAGGACAGGGACAAGGGCGCCCCCGACGACCCCUCCUGCGGCCUGCUGCUGCCGCCCGAGGUGCGGGCCGCCAUGCGGGUGUUCGAGGGGCGCUACCGGCACCUCAAGACGCCGCGCAGCCUGAGGUGGCGGCCGCAGCUGGGGGCGGUGGAUCUGGAGCUGGCGGCAGGCGGCGCCACCGCCAGCUUCCGCGUGUCGCCCCUGAUGGCCACUCUGCUGCUAGCCUUCCGGGAGCGGGAGGUGCUGAGUGCGGGGGAGCUGGCGGCGGAGGUGGGUCUGCCGGUGGCUGUGGUGCGGCGCAAGAUGCUGUUCUGGGUGAACCACGGAGUGAUCGCGGAGGGG